GCUCGUCCCCCAAGCUCGUCGUCAGGACUGCAGCCUUCAACGACUCUCGCCGACCUCCAGACCGCCUGCCCAUUCCCGUCCCAAUCGGUAGUUGCGGAGCUGCUGCUACGCUUCCCAGGACGCCCACGCGCUCUCCCGCUCCCUGCCGCACGCCCCUGCAGCAGUUAGGCUACUACGAUACACUUCGCCGUAACCUGUCCGGCCUGUCCUGAUCUGUCUUGAUCCGUCCUGUCCUGUCCUCCGCUGCACCCACCCUCCGUCUCUGGCCCCCCCAACGCUCGCCAUGGCCUCUUCGUCCUUUCGCGACUCGAUGAACUCGCUGGGUUGGAGCCGCAGAGAGCCCGCCGCUACCCCCAUAACGACAUCCAAUUCCUCGACCCCGUUCCUUGGCAAACUGCAAUCGCUCAAUCCCUUCGGACAGGGGGGCUAUGUCAGACUGCCUCUGUACGAGAAUGAGGCGCCAGGUGCACCGCUGCCCGCCCGCACCCGACGCGAAGAAGAAGAAGGGUGGUUUGCGCUUAGCCGUUGGGACCGCUUGCUCGUCUUUGGUGCCCUCAACCUCGCCGCAAUCGCCCUUUUCGUCGUAUGUUUCACUCUGAUGCCAGUCUUGACCCUGCGCCCCAGAAAGUUUGCAAUCCUAUGGUCCAUGGCUUCAGCUCUCUUCCUCACCUCCUGGGCCGUCAUGAUGGGUCCCUACACAUACAUCAAGCAUCUGCUUUCGACCGAGCGUUUACCCUUCACUGGCACCUAUUUCGGUUCCAUCGCAUUGACUCUGUACUUUGCGCUCGGUCUCCGGAGCACUCUUCUGACCUUGAUAUCCUCCAUCAUUCAACUCGUCUGCCUGGUGUGGUAUUUGGUAAGCUACUUCCCAAUGGGCUCUACCGGUCUGCGCUUCGCCGCAAGAUUCGGAGGCAGCCGCAUAACCGCUUGGAUGAACGAGUAAUCAGCGCAUUUGUAAAAUUCGGAGCUAUUCCACGAAAUGGCCAACGUCCGGUCAGCCUCUUACCAAUCAUUUCUACGUUUCUUACUGUACUUCUUCACGCACCGAGACUGUGGCUUGACGGCUGUUGGGCGUUCUAGCGCAUCUUCAAUUCGUACCCGCUCGUUCGCGUGCU